GGCGGCAGCAGGAGGCCCGAGCUAGCAGCAGAAGCAGCAGCAGCAGCAGCGAUCAGAGCCGAGCAGAGCUGCGGGAAGACUGUCGCUGUCCAGGGCCAAGGAGCGACUCAAACUUCACUGCCAACAUGUCCGACGACGAGCAGGAGCAGACCAUAGCCGAGGACCUGGUGGUCACCAAGUACAAGAUGGGAGGCGACAUAGCGAACCAGGCCCUUCGUCUGGUGGUAGAAGCAGCCAAGCCUGGUGUGUCUGUGCUCAGCCUCUGUGAGAAAGGUGACACCUAUAUCAUGGCUGAGACCGGAAAGGUCUUCAAGAAGGAGAAAGAAAUGAAGAAAGGCAUUGCCUUUCCUACCAGCGUCUCAGUCAAUAACUGUGUUUGCCACUUCUCUCCCCUGAAGAGUGACCCUGACUACACACUUAAAGAUGGGGAUCUGGUCAAAAUAGAUCUAGGGGUUCAUGUUGAUGGCUUCAUUGCUAAUGUUGCUCACAGCUUUGCUGUGGGAGCCAGUAAGGAGAAUCCCAUCACAGGCCGCAAAGCUGAUGUAAUCAAAGCAGCUCAUCUGUGUGCGGAGGCAGCUCUACGCCUUGUGAAACCUGGUAACCAGAACACUCAAGUGACAGAAGCCUGGAACAAGAUCGCACAGUCGUUCAAAUGCUCACCUAUUGAGGGUAUGCUGUCUCAUCAGCUAAAGCAGCAUGUCAUAGACGGAGAGAAGACCAUAAUUCAAAACCCAACAGACCAGCAAAGGAAGGACCAUGAGAAGGCAGAGUUUGAGGUACAUGAAGUCUACGCUGUGGACGUCUUGAUAAGCACCGGAGAAGGAAAGGCAAGAGAUGCAGGUCUGAGGACUACGAUUUAUAAGAGGGACCCCAGUAAGCAGUAUGGCUUGAAGAUGAAGACUUCCCGUACGUUCUUUAGUGAGGUGGAACGACGCUUUGAUGCCAUGCCCUUCACUCUAAGGGCUUUUGAGGAUGAGGCCAAAGCCCGUCUUGGUGUGGUAGAAUGUGCCAAACAUGAGUUGCUACAGCCCUUCAGUGUGCUACAUGAGAAAGAGGGAGAGUUUGUAGCUCAGUUUAAGUUCACAGUGCUGCUGAUGGCCAACGGGCCCCACAGAAUCACCAACGGACCCUUUGAUCCAGAGCUCUACAAGUCAGAGCAUGAAGUUCAGGAUCCAGAGCUAAGGACUUUACUACAAAGCUCAGCAAGCCGUAAGACACAGAAGAAAAAGAAAAAGAAGGCCUCAAAGACAGCUGAAAAUGCAACUGGACAGCCAACUGAGGACACAGAGGCCGCAGAAUAAAAACUGCCUUUCCACACAUGCAAGACCCCAAAGAGACACGAGAGAAAAAAACAUGACAAAUUUCCCCGAACUAUCUGCCCACUCUACACCUACUAGGGUUGAUUUCAUGUAGUAAACUGAUGAAUUCAUAAGAACUUUGGCAUCAGUUAAAUAUUUGACGGUCCUACACAGAUGCUUAACCCUUUACUGCAUUAAUAGAAAGUACCACUGAAGGAAUGCUGCUUUUUGCUGCCCUAACCUGAGUAGGAAAUAAUGAAUAUUUGCUGAUAGUUUACAUCUUUGAAAAGACUUGUUGCCAAAUGGUAAUGACUGGUGCGUGUCCUUUUACUUUGUCAUGCUUGUAUUAUUUGCAGAUAAAAACUUUCUUUGAGUGAUGCAGACGCUUACAGUGGGCAUUAAUGGGAGUCAACUGGCCUUUUUUGACAUUAGUUUUGAGUUGAAUGUUGUUGAUUGGUACCAACAGAAAAAUGGAUCAUAUUUCUUUUUUUUUUUAGGCACUAUGUAUCUGAGGCCAUGGAUUCCUGUCAUAUGAGUAGGAUGCGAACCGUUACAUGUUGAUUCCCUUUGGCAACAAAGUCAGUUCAAGUUAUCUAAGCUUGUUUACAGUGUGUAUAAACAGAAAUUUAUAGUCGAAUGGAUAUCCAGAUGUUUUAUUGGAAGUCUUAGAUGCACUUUUUUAUCGUUUAAGUGUAUGACUCCCAAGAGAGGACAAUGAUUUUAACCAUCCAGUGCAUUAUUAAACAAUUAUGAACUUGCCAUUUAAAAGCAGUUUAUCACAAAUUAUUUUUCUUACCCACCACAUGCAGUAAAGGGUUAUAUUGUGAUUUUGUCUCUAAUUGAAUGUUACGAACUAAGUAGUAAUCUGACAUUUUCCUAAAAUGUAACACCAAAUUGACAGUAAUUCACAAAAUGGUUUCUGCUCCAGAUUUUAUGUAACAACUUACGCUUUUAUCAUCAUGGCCUGACCACAUUUCUGGCUAAAUCUGCAAUGUUUUAACCACACUAGAUUUUUAAAGCAAUAACCUGAGCAGAUGACUGAAUAUUUUUAAGAACACAGUUGUAAUGAGCUUGACUCUAGGGAACAAACUGCUACAUUUACUGCCAUUCCCCUUGAAUUUUAUGGAAAAGGAUAGAAGUCUAUAAUGUGUGUUCCAACUUUUUUUCUAUUAGUGACACCUGUGACUUGCUUUACUACAUCAUUAGUCUUGUGAAGCAUGAAAGCUACAGCUGAUUGAUCAGUUUUUAGAAAAAAAAAUCACUUUUGGGAGUGUCUUCAGACCAUUUGGGCCAGUAAAGUAAUUUCAGAUUUCAUUUUGUGGGUUGGGAUAAUGUUUGGUCAUGUUUGUCAACAAUGAAUAUGCUGGGAAAAGCAAAACCGUGCUUUGUAGCUCAACCAGUGGGCAAUGGAACUUUACAUCUAAUGAAAUAAAAACAUUUUCAUACA